UUUAAAAACCCAAACACUAUCGCAAUGGUGGAGACAGAUGUUAGGUUGUAUUUUUGAUCCAGUGUUAACUCCCCCAUCCCUUGUGUUGUGUGCUGUCGUAAAGCCCACGUGCCCUCUCUCAAGCCUACUAGUGAUCAGAGAGCAAGCGAGAAGAGGGGAAGCACAGAUAUUGUACACUCGGACUUGGAGCUUGACUAGAGAACACCUCAUAUCCCAUAAACAAAGGGAUUAUGAUUUAAGGAUCUGGAAUAUUCACUCCGGAGCCAUUGUGAGUGACGAGGAAAAUACAUAUUUUUGAAUAAACUGGCCCCAGUUGGAGAUGCUGAAGCCCGGUGACCCCAGCGGAUCUGCUUUCUUGAAGGUAGAUCCAGUCUACAUUCAGCACUGGCAGCAGCUUUUCCCGCAAAGCCAACUAAAGACCGGAGCCCUGAGUCAGCUGCAGCCCCACGAGAGAGCAGAUCUCCCGGUAGAAAGUCUCCGCCAGCACCCGACUUCCAUCUCCUCCUCCUCCGCCUCAACCCCAUCAUCGUCAUCCUGCUCAUCCUCCUCGUUAGCAGGGUUAACCCAGUUGUCUGUGCCCCAGAUUGCACUUUUUGGACACUCGCAGUGCCCCGAAAUCCCCACAUCGGUACUCGGCGGUCAAAGCAAAGAGCUGUAUUCAUUUUCCCAGUGUAAAAACGACAGAGGACCAAGAAUUAAAUUCACCCCCGAGGAGUUAGACUACUACCUCUAUGGACAGCAGAGAAUGGAAAUUAUUCCUUUGAACAAUCACACCAGCGACCCAAAUAACCGUUGUGACAUGUGUGUUGAUAACCGGAAUGGUGAGUGCCCCAUGCAUGGCCCCCUGCACUCAUUGCGGAGACUGGUGGGAACAAGCAGCUCGGCUGCCUCCGUCCCCCCACCAGAGAUCCCCGAGUGGCUGCGGGAUCUUCCCAGGGAAGUGUGCCUCUGCACCAGCACCGUGCCAGGACUGGGAUAUGGAAUUUGUGCAGCACAGAGGAUCCCGCAGGGCACAUGGAUUGGUCCCUUUCAGGGAGUUCCACUGCUGCUGGACAAACCCAAACCUGGAGUUGGGAGGAACUCGCGACACUUGUGGGAGAUAUAUGACCAAGAAGGGACAUUACAGCACUUUAUCGAUGGCAGCGAGCCCAGCAAGUCUAGCUGGAUGAGGUACAUCCGCUGUGCAAGGCACUGUGGGGAACAGAACAUGAUGGUGGUUCAAUACAGGUCAUGUAUUUUCUACAGAGCGUGCAUGGACAUCCCCCGUGGGACAGAGUUGCUGGUGUGGUACAACGACAGCUACACAUCCUUCUUUGGAAUCCCACUGCAGUGUAUCGCACAAGAUGAAAACUUGAAUGUCCCUGCAUCUGUAAUGGAAGUAAUGUCCCGUCAGGAGACACUACAGCCCUCCUUUACCAAGACUAGCAAAGGUCCUUCCUCCGUGCUGCUUCGCUCCAUGGUCUUCCCACACACCUCGUGCACUAGAAGCUUCUCACUUUUGGACAAGCCAGGCCAAGUAGAAUCUGGGUUUAACCAAAUGAAUGGCAAAAACCAGCGGGUCCUUGUGAGUCCUACUUCAACAAGCCAACUGAGCUCUGAGUUCAGUGACUGGCAUCUCUGGAAAUGUGGUCAGUGCUUUAAGACUUUCACCCAGCGUAUCCUUCUCCAGAUGCAUGUGUGCACACAGAACCCAGACAGGCCUUACCAGUGCGGCCACUGCUCCCAGUCCUUUUCCCAGCCUUCGGAACUCCGAAAUCAUGUUGUCACCCAUUCGAGCGACAGGCCUUUCAAAUGUGGCUACUGCGGCCGCGCCUUUGCCGGAGCGACAACCCUCAACAACCACAUCCGUACACACACCGGGGAGAAGCCAUUCAAGUGCGAGAGGUGUGAUCGGAGCUUCACGCAAGCCACCCAGCUGAGUCGACACCAGAGGAUGCCCAACGAGUGCAAGCCAAUAAUGGAGAGCACAGAAUCAAUUGAAGUGGAUUAACUGAUUGACUGGCCAGAAUUAAACUGCAAGGAAAGUCAUGAUUAAAUGUCACGGACACUUAAGCAAAACCAAAGAUUUCCUCUGAGCAACUUUCAAUCAGUCCCAGAAAACCAAAAGCAGUAAUAAAAUGAGUAAGAUGUUAAGAGAUAUUGAUCCCGGCAUGGAUGAGAGACCUGGGGGAAAAAAAAGAAGAGAUGAUUUAUUUAUGACUGGGGAUCACAGUACUUUCGAUGAAUCUGGGACUGCACGGACUCCCGAGUCGCUCCAUCUAUAGCUUUAUUUCCGAAAGCCUUUCCUACCAUUGUUUAAUACCAAAGCUAGAAGAAUAUUUGGGUAAGACUAGUGUCUACUUUAUUGACUGAGAAUGCACAAAGACCUUUCUUCUUUUGGUUGCACCUUUUUUUAAGCAUGAUUUAAAAAGGGUUCACAAGAUGGCCCUUUUUUAUUUUGUCUUGAUGUGGAUAUCAUUAAAAUACAUGUGAUGUUUGGACACUGAUAUGAAAGAGACAUUGAACCAAACACUCAACUGUAAAAUACAAAACCAAAGGAUAUUUAACUAACUCCCAUUGCUCUUGUAUAAUGUUUAGUGCACUUUUUAAUGAUGUUGACUUAUUUUUCUUUUGGUAAAAGUAAACAGAGUAGCUGGCCACAUGAAUGUAUAUUAUUGAUGCAAAGUUCUGAUUUAAAUCAUUGUGUAAAAACAUACUGAAAAAAUGUAUUUCCUCAUGUGCAAAUGAAAAGUAUUUAAGAAUGGAAAAUGUUGACUAUCAAGAUGCCAAAGUACAGAUUCCAAGGAACUGUUUUGCUUAUAUCAAAAAUAUACUAAUUCAAUCCAAAACAUAUUGAUCCACACUCUAGCAAUUUUUUCAAGAACUCAUUCCAGGUAACUAAGUUGGGCCCAGCAAUGAUACAUUAAUAGGAAAACAAACCUGGCUAAAAGUCAAAAUGUGCUAACUCCAUAAUCUUAAUAAAGGAGUUGUAUUAUAUUUUGUUGUGAUUGCAAAGUUUCCACCCAACUAUUUCAAGAAUAAUGAAACUGUUUGUACUGUAACUUGCAACUAUGUUGUUUCUUGUCAUUUUUACAAUAAAUUAAAAUUGAAACAAACUUUGCUUGUACUUCAAAAUAUGACGCUUUGCCUCCUAGCCACAUAGCUUCCCUUUGCCAGACCAUAUUCAUUAUUUUUUAAAACAUACCAGAACUGUACUUAUUAAAGAUUUAUGAAAUGGAUUCCAGCACAAUGCCAAAGCCUGUAAAACUCUGUAUAUG